AUGUCUAUCGAUCCAACGUCUCCCAUUCCCGCGUCGGACUCUGUGGCGAUGAUGUACCUCGCAAACGCCUUCCACACCAUCCAAAUACAAGCCGCGGUGGGGUACGUGAUCAUGUUCGUCCUGACCUUGGCACUGGUUCUUUACCUCCGUUUCAAGCGGCACGGCGCCUACGAUGGCGACGUUGUGGCAGCUCGCCACGUCAUAUUGCCCACCUUCGAGCCCAUGUUGUGGAUGUUGCUCGUGGCAUUGGGCAUGUACAGCGCGUUUCUGUGGACGACUUUCACCUUCGAUUUCAUUGAGUGGUUGUUUGAUGCCGUCGCGUUGGCAGCUGUGUAUGCUGGCCGCCAGUUCAUCUUCCUCCUUGUGAUCCUUUACUUCUACCAAAACAGCGUGUCGGUCCAAGCGUUGUGGCGUGCCACCGGGAUGGCCUUGGUGCUGUCGUUGUUUCCCGUGAUCCUUGAAGUGGUGGCCAAGGUUUCCGCCAUUGAUACCAUGUCAACCUACUUGCUUCAGACAACGUUCCGCGUUGGCCUUAGCAUUUUCUACCUGUGGAUGCUCACAAAGCCUCGCUCUCGCGCGAGCAAGUGGUCGCUACGUGUGUUUUGCGUGUAUUUCAUUGGCGCUCAGGCCAUCGCAGUCACGUACAAUGAACUUUAUCGGCAAAGCCACGCGGCGCCAGAACUGCUCCAAGUUGCCACCACGUUUGUUGUGGUUGCCGGGUACUACGACACCGCUCUUCCCCUUUUUGUGUGGUGGUUGCUCACGGCCGACACAAGUCACUGGCGCGGACUGGGGGAGCGGGCGUGUUCGCUGCAAGCCCACAUGAACAACGGGGACGGUUCCAACAUUAUUCCGGAAAUUACGUCCGCGCAAGGGCUGCACGUGUUCAUCGAAAUGCACCGCAAGUUCAUCAUUGACUUUGCCCAUUUGAAGGUCAUGUCCCGCAUCGGUCGAGGGGCCAGUGCCGACGUGUUUCGCGGUAAGUUGCACACGAAGAUCGACGUAGCGAUCAAAGUGUUUACGCCCCCCGAGGUGAACGAAGGGGUCGUCGCGUCGUUUUCGCACGAGGCGGCGCUAUCCGGGGCGCUGAAUCACCCGAAUAUAGUGUCGUUCUAUGGAUUGUGUGUGUGCCCCCCCACGAUUUGUCUGGUAUCGGAGCUUUGCCAGGGCAGCAUGCACGAUGUCCUCGCCAUCCAGCAGCACUACCAGAUUCCCCAGCAUUCGGCCUUGAGUUUGUGCAUGAUGUUGGACACUGCUCGAGCGGUGGAGUACCUACACAGCUUUUCCCCGCCGUUUAUUCACCGCGACUUGAAACCGGGCAACCUCAUGGUCGAUGUCAACCACCGCAUCAAAGUAACCGACUUUGGCGUGUCCAAACAACGCACGACGGACGUCCCCCAACGCACGUCCCUUCGGCACAUGACCGUCGUCGGCACGGUCGAGUACAUGCCCCCCGAAGUGAUCCGAGGCAGAGGUGGCGACAUGGUGGAAGCAGUGGAUAUUUACAGCUUGGCUGUCACGAUGUGGGACAUCCUCCAUCCCGACCAGGACAAGUAUGUGACGGCCAACCAGUUGCAGAUCUUUGGGCUUGUUUUGCAAGGCCAUCGCCCCGUUCUGGGGGCGCACGUCCCCCGUCCCCUGCAAGAACUGAUCCAAGCGGCGUGGCACGACGUUCCGACGUCAAGGCCCGCCGCGUCUGCGAUAGUUGCCACUCUGACUUUGCUGCUGGACGACAUGCUAGGGCCGUUGGCCGACCAGUUGUCACAAGUCGUUCGAUAUGCUGGCACGUCGUCUGGCCCCAAGACAACGAAGGACAGCAGCGCGCACCAAGUAUUUCAGGGGGAACACUUGGUGGACUGCAUGUUUGAUUUGGAACUCGUGCACAACAUCCCUCAAGCCAUUCGUGUCGGGAAUGCGCUCAUGGACGUGGGGCUCUUGCAUCACGCCAAGCACUGUCAGCCGUUUGAAAAUUCGUCGGCACUGUAUUGUUUCGAUGCGGUGCACAUGGAAGUCGAGCGCCCUCGGUGCCAGGCCAGUAUAACUGCCACGGAGGACUCGAUGACAAACAUAUCCACGACCAUCAACAGCGCUAGUGAAGUGGCCGAAUGCGAAUGCGCCAAACUAGCCCAGGGCUUUCGCCCCAUCGGGGGUAGCUCCACCCCCCACAGUCUCUUGCGCAUGAAACAUCGCGACACUGGCGCGCCGCUCAAGCUGAAACUCCUCGACGACUUGACUCCGUCGUCCCAACAAUACAAAUCCCACCGCCAUGUCCUGAAUGUAUAA